UUAUUUUUAUUAAUUUCUUAUUUUUUAACUUAAAAUGUCCUACAAUGAAAACAAAAGCAUAUAACGCGUAUAGUAUAAUAGCAUAGAAAAUCAUUUUAUAGCACCACCUAAUGCGGCGUGACAGAUGUGAAAACAAUAAUAUAAAAGAUGACAACGCCUGUGUUUGUUUGGUGUUAAAUAUGUGAGAAAAACAAAGAAAAUUGUGCAGAAAUUGUGCUAAAAAGGUACCACGAAAUGGUAAAUACUGCAACUUUCUGUGUUCUCUUGGUGUUUCUGGGGCACCAUUUGUGUUUCUCGAGAGCCGAGGAUGAUUACGAAGAAGGUUAUUGCGCCCCGUAUAAUGGCAAGGUGUGCAAAUCAUUCAUUGGAAGUCGACAGGUGUGGUACAGCCGUGAGGAUCCCACGGGAGGUUGGGAGAAUGAGAAAAUUACUUCUGGACUGUGGGAGGAGAUGAUCUCUGAACUCCCACUAAUCUGUCGGGCAGCUGCAGAGAAACUCCUUUGUGCCUAUGCAUUCCCACAGUGUGUGGUUGAAGAUGGGGCUACGAUGAAACUUCCCCUGUGUUAUGAGGACUGUGUUGCUACACAUUUGCAAUUUUGCUACAAUGAUUGGGUUCUCAUUGAGGAGAAGAAACUUAAAAAGAUCUUUUACAAAUCUCGUGGGCACUUUAGGCUGCCACAGUGUGAGGAGCUCCCUAAGUUUGAAAGAGAUACAAAGCCUCUUACCUGCUCAUACGUGGGACUUACUGAGAUGAACAUAAAUGAAAUCACUUAUGAUUGUCGCAUGGGAAAUGGUCGACACUACUUAGGCACUAUAAAUGUAACACAGACGGGAAUACCUUGUCAAAAUUGGGAUUCUCAAUCACCUCAUACGCACAUUCAACCUCCGAAUGUUUUUCCAGAAGUAAGAAAUGCCGAGAAUUUUUGUCGGAAUGCUGGUGGAAGUGAACCAUAUCCGUGGUGCUACACCAGUGAUCCAUCAACGAGGUGGGCGUACUGCGAAGUUCCUCUAUGCCCUAAUUCUACUGAUGAUUUCACCGGAAUCGAUUCAUCACAGAUCUCAAUGGAAACUUUUUUUACACCAUCAAUGAUCUUUUUGCUAUCUGGAAUUGGAUUUAUUGGAAUUGUCAUUCUUCACUUGCUUGUGUUACUAGCUUAUCGAAUCAUUAAGCAUAAGCACAAUCGCCAAAGUAGUGGAGCUAGUGGGUACAAUCCAGCAGCCACGCAUGAGUCACAGAAUAUUGAUCUCAAUAAAUUACCAAGCAAUUCAGCAUAUCAUCAAACAAGUGCUCAACUGAAUCCAAUCUUGGAGAAGUUGGAAUAUCCACGAAAUAAUAUUAUCUAUAUCAAAGACUUAGGUCAGGGAGCUUUUGGAAGGGUUUUUCAAGCUAAAGCCCCUGGGUUGAUAGCUGGAGAAGAGUUCACGCUAGUAGCAGUAAAGAUGCUUAAAGAUGACGCAAGUCAGGAUCUUCAAGUAGAUUUUGAGCGUGAAGCAUGCCUCCUGGCAGAAUUUGAUCAUCCAAACAUUGUAAAAUUGCUGGGUGUUUGUGCUCUGGGUCGUCCCAUGUGUCUCUUAUUUGAGUAUAUGGCACGAGGAGAUCUAAAUGAAUUCCUACGUGCAUGCUCCCCUUACGUACUUCAGGCACGCAUGGAGACAGCAAAGACAGAGCUGAGCCUCGGUGAUCUCUUAAAUAUUGCCCAGCAAAUUGCAGCUGGAAUGGUUUACUUAUCCGAAAGAAAAUUCGUCCAUAGGGACCUUGCGACGCGAAAUUGUCUAAUAGAUGAUCAUAUGGUUGUCAAAAUUGCAGACUUUGGGCUAUCGCAUAAAAUCUACCUGCAAGAUUACUACAAAGGUAGCGAAAACGAUGCAAUCCCCAUUCGUUGGAUGCCACUUGAGAGCAUUCUCUAUAAUAAAUACACAGUUGAAUCAGACGUAUGGGCUUUUGGGGUGUGCUUAUGGGAGAUUUUCUCAUUUGCCCUUCAACCCUAUUACGGUAUGACUCACGAGGAAGUAGUGAAGUACGUUAAAGAGGGGAAUAUGCUUGCGUGUCCAGAAAACACCCCACUUUCUGUGUAUAACCUCAUGAGGAAGUGUUGGAGUAAAAAAACAAGUGAUAGACCCAGUUUUCAUUUUCUUUAUCAAUCCUUAGAGCAAAUACGGGCGGAUUAUGAAAACAAAACAAUUCGCUAAUAUAAAAAAACAUGUGCAACCAUCCCUCUAACAAGCUAUAUUAAUUUAGUUCUUUUAUUUAAUUUAUUUCACUUCCACUUUUGUAUUGGUAUAGGAUAAAAUUCUUUAAACAUUAUAUUGAUCCUAUAUUAGGAAAUCUUAUUUUUUAAAAUUAUUUAUUACAAAAAAGUUUUCUGUAAUAUAAAGAUUUUCUUCAUCAUUGACCAAAAAUAUUUAGGCACCUUUUGUAACUGAAAAUUUUAUAUUUUACUAGUCAACCCGAGUCCCCAAUCACGAGUGAGCGAAUUGCAUUUGAAGCAGCUGUUAAUUUUCAAAAUAAAAAAAAUCCCGUUAUCUCUGACCCUUCAGCAGGUAGAAAAUGAGGAAAAAAACAUUUUAUUUUGUGAGAGCGCUAUGUUAGGGGAGGGUGCGGAAUCCCAUGUCACGUUUGCAACUUGUAUUGACCCCCUCUGCCCCUAUACUGAAUUUUAUUAAGAUCGGCCCAGCCGUUUCGGGAGAGUUCAUGUGCCACAGACAAACAAACAAAUAAACUUUUCAGCUUUCAUUAUAAUAACAGAAAGACUCCGUGAAUAUUGAAUGUAAAAAAAAUUAAAUCAUUUUUGGCAGAGAUAUUAAAUUCUUUAUUAAAAUAAGCAGGUAUACCACCCGUAGGGGAAGACGGGGUAAUUUGGCCACUUUGGCAAAGUCAUUAAUGGGAAUAUCUCAAGUAUGGUAAAUGCUAGAAAAUCCAUUUCUCCACAGUUUAUACUCCCCAUAGAGAUAAUCAAUUGUACCAAGUUUGAGGAAAAUCCGAUCAUUGGAUUUUCUUUUGUUUAAGAAAAAUCAUUUUUUCGCAUUUUCAAGUGCUUUUGGCAUUUUGGAAAUUCGUCAUUUUCGAAAAAUUUUUAACACUUAAAAAUUAACUUUUAAGCCAUUAAGGGUCAUUGAUCCAUCAUAAACACGAUAGUGACAUCCAUUUUCCGAUAUCUCAAACAGAUUUUCCUGUGGAAAUGGUUUUAUCCGGAAAAUUGGAGUGGGGUAAUUUGGCCACUUGAGUUUUUCCGGCACAUUUUCCGACGCACAUUUAAGAUAUUUAUUGUGGUUGUGCCUUUUAAUGUUUUCUUACAGAUUAUAAGCAAAGUAGGAUAAAAAAUUUUAUCUAAAAAAAGAAAUUUACGAUAAUUUGAAAAAUAGCCUUUUUUAGACUUUGCCCGUUUAUGGUUCAGAAAAUGUUAAAGUUUGAGGCUCUGUUAAAUAUUUUUAUCUGGCAAAUUACUGGAAAUGAAUCUUAGAUAAAUAUCCUAUCUUCCAAAAAAAUAAUCGAAAAAAUAAAAUUUUUUUAUUGUCCAAAAAUUUUCAUGUUUAAUAAUCUGUGCGCCAAAGUGUCCAAAUUACCCGUGCUCGGGGUAAUUUGGACACUAAGCUAAGGGUCCAGGAGAAUGGAAAAUUCACCCAUUUCUCAUCGAGAUAGAGAAAAGUGUUGUAUGGGGAAGUUGUAGGCCGGAAAAUUUCCUACAAAAUAGGGCUAUUUGGUUUUCUUCAUACUACCAUACUUGCUUGAUAUAUCCCAAAAAUCGCCAAAGUGGCCAAAUUACCCCGUCCUCCCCUACUAAUGUAAAGUUCUAAUUGAUUAAAAAAUUAUAGAAAAUAACUCUUUGAUUUCUAGAAGCGGUAUGUGCUUUUGACAAAAAAUAAUUCAAAUCCGAUCUUACAUGGGUAUACCGUACAUUCAAAGGAACAAUCGGUACACGCAUUAGCUUGUAGAAAAUCCAGAAUAAAAAAUAGAAUAAGAAUUCGUCAGAGACUUCUUAUUUGGCAUCAUUGUGCUCACUCUUGAUUUUCACAAGUGAUCACAGUUUAAAAUGGAAAGUCAUUUCUUAUUCUUCUUUGAUUGUAUACAAGAUUGCGUGUGUCUCAAUUGUUUGAUUGAGAGUUUUAUUAAUAUAAUAUAAUAUAUUAUUAAUAUUAAUAUAAUACUUCAGCACCCAUGAUAUUAAUGAAAUAAAAUUUGUCUCUGAAAAGUAUUAUAUGUAUGUAAUCGAAAAGGACCAUAAAUCUUGAUAUAAGAUAUACUUAUAAAUAUCUGUAUAGAAUGGCGCAUGAUUUUAAGGAAACGAAAUAUAUAUAAUUCUUAUCAGGGAUUCCACUAAAGUUAUAAACAAAAAAACUAAAUUAAAAAAAAAUUUAAAUCAGUUUGAACGCAUGCUAAUACCACUCAGGAAUCAUUUUGAUUAGCAUAGAAAAAAUUUCCAGUAAUUUUCAUCUAAAAUCAUUCUCACAUUGGUUAUAAGAUGAAUCUCAUUAUCAUACCUAGUCAUACCUAGUUAUUCUCUGAACAAAAUGUUUUAUUAUAUAAUAAGACAAAAUGAAACAAUAAUAAAGAAUGCCAAAACAUGAACAUAUAUACAUGAACAAGAAGGUUUACUUAUCUUUAUUAAAAAAAAAGGAGAUUAAGGAAUAAAUAUAAAGCUGAGGCUUCAUUUUUACGCGAUAUCAACUUAUGCAAUGUAAUUUUAAUGAUUUCUUUUUUUUAAUAAAAUAAACUGUAAAUUAGAAUAUUGAGUAAAUUUUCCAAGAUAAAAAUUUUGAAGAUUUCAAAAUAGAUUUGAAUGAAAGAAAAAAAAACAUUUAAUAAGGGCGUGACUUGUAUUCUAUAGGUAUGAAAAUUACUUUUGAGAGAAAAAGACGUUGUGUCGCUGUUGUAUUCAGUGUAUGUAUAUUAUUCCACCGAAAGUUAAUAUUUAAAUUUAUGAUAAUCCCUUUAUUAAGCUAUAUUUAUAAACUUAUUUAUCACUUUACUAAAUACGGUCGUCCUUUACAAAUUAAAUACAUUUUAUGUAUUUAUGUAUGUAACCCUUUGAAGUCUUUAAAGAAAUUAAAGAAAAAAAAUCAUGAUUGAAAUAAAAAACAGAAUAAGAUUUGUA